AUGGAAACCUCAUCCAUUUUCAAACCUUACCUCAGCUAUGAUACAUUACGCGGAGAUAAACAAACUAUGCUGAAAAACUCAAUCGGUCGGCAGCUGCCAUAUAUAAUCAACUUCAAGGAAAACUCUUGUCAAGUAUUCGAUAUUGAAUUAGAACGGAUCACUCACAUAUUCACAUUCCCUGAUAGUUGCCACUUGGUAGUUGUCGAUUACUUUCCUACAGCAGAUGGUCAAUUCGGAAUAAUCGUUGGUAUCGAAGACAAGUUGAAGACUUGGGGAUCGGAAAACUUCGUAGUUGCGCUGGCGGUCACCGAGAACUCGCCCAGGAUGGUGAUCACGCAUUCGAUAGAAGUUCCUGACAGAAUUACAGUCAUCAAAACUCUAUUCUCGAACGUUGAUAUGGCGGAAGGAAAGGAAAAAAGAUCAUUGCAAUUAUAUCAUCGAUUGCUCUCGUGGCCACAUGUCAUCGCAAUUGGUUGCAAAGGCACAAAAUGUUUCUUAUCAAGUUUACAAAAAACAGACGAAUCACAAGAAGUUCCCGCAAUAAAUACACCUAAAAAGCCAUUGCUCGACUUACUGGCAUGCUAUGUGGAAAACGAUAAUUUACGGUAUAGCAAUGAAGACGGGACAUUUCGUGAGUACACUUCAAGUGGUGUCUAUGUCUCCGCAUUGGCUCUGAUGCCACGUAGCCGAACACUCCUCGUCGGACUUUCUAUGGGAGGUAUUUUGGCUGCCACAUUAAACGCAUCCAAUCAGAUGAAUUUGAUCGAGUUGAGACAUGAGCGGCUGAUUCACGCGAUUGCACCAUUAGAGCCUGAAGAUGAUCCGGACAAGUUCGAAUACUUUAUUGCCGCGGUUGACCGCGACCCUCGUCAUUCGAUAAUGAUUCAAUUGUGGCGUGGAUCAUUCAAAUCAUCAGAAGAAGUGAGUGAUGAUGAGAAGUAUGAUCGACCUCAAUACAAUGUAUGUCUCGAACAUAAAAUACCAUACGGAGAACGGUGGCUAUCGGUGAAAACAAUUGUAACCGAAAGAGGUGUCAUGGAUGGGGUGGUUCAACGACGAAGAAAUGAUAGCUCAAUGGAUUCCACGGUUCUCAAUGUGACACAAUCAUUUGGUUGCACAUCCGAUCGAAGUAACGUCUUUCUGGCUUACGAACGUCGAAAACCUGAAGUAAUCAAUCCAGAAGAAACUAUGUACAUUGUCGAAGCUGCUAUUUUUGAUAUCGAUGCAUGGUAUUAUAAAAGAGUCCCUGGAAGAGUAACAACGGAUGGACUGAGUCUCAGACAAAGCCCAUUUAUGUCAUGCAUUAGAUCGGAUAUAAAUUCUAUUCAAGUGAGCGACAUCGGGAUUCUUACUUUAGAUUCUAUGGACAUAUCAAGAUUCACAAGUAAAAUCUCAGAUGCUGAUCAGCUUUUUUAUCCAUCUUCCGUUUCGUAUGAUCGGGUAUUUGUGGUACACAAUACGCACAUCGACUGGAUGAAGAUUCAGAAUAUUCAGGAAACUAUUCUUCAAAGAUGUGCAUCAAAACUAUCAUGGAUCGUUCGAUCGCCAGAUUCAAUGGCCACAAACAUUAUUGCAGCUGGACUCAUUCGAAAGAACAUUUUAACAGGAUCUCCAAACACAAGUGUCGCCGAAAUAAAAGAUGAUGAUCAGAAACUACCGAUGAAACUACGUGUUGUUUUAAAUGCAAUGAUGUAUUACGGGAAGAUCAACGAGUUCACUGGUUUAAUCAGCCAGAACGACUUGAGUGACAAAAUCAAGUUAGAAAUUGCCGAUUGGGCUUUUUUUGAAGCUGUGGAUUACAAACGAAUAAUCUCCGACAGAACUGUUGCGUUGUUUCAAGGGAGUACGUCUGCAUUAGCUCCGUUGGCUGAAGAUACAAUCUACCAAGGAAUCAAAUUAUUCCGAAUCGUUAACGAAUACCUCAAGGGAUGCUGUAAAUACGUCAGCAAUAGAGCUUAUCUUCAAAAUCUUGCUUCAUCUGUGAAGUGUAUGUUCAAUCAUACGAAACUUAUGAGUCGAUUCAUCAAUGUUCUCAUUGUCCCAUUAAGUCGGCACGAUCAAACUAUUAUGCGUCGAAUGCACGAAGACAGGAAAAGUGCUGCGUCAAAAAACAAAACGGCGCUUCCAGUUCAACUUGCCGUUCGCAACAUGCACCGAAUCUCUCCUGAUGCACAAUUCUGGAAUGACUUACCAUAUGACGACUGGUAUCCUCCAACACCGUUAGACCUCCUCGAAUCCAUUCUCAAUAUCUCGAUAUCGGAAAGAAUCAAAAGAGAAGUCGUUAUUCAAUACAUUCUGGAUUGGCUUCGCGCAAAUCCGAACAAGUCUGAACUUUCUGAUGUAAAGUUAGCUGUUGAAGUUAUUCAAGUGAUGACAAAUCAAAUGCUUGACGUUGACUUGGAAAAAAUCUUAUAUGUCUUGGAUCAGGAGAAAACAGCAUUAACACGAAAGGCCAACGUAACACUGACAGACGAUAGGAAUAAGAAACACGUGUUCUCGCUGGAAAUUGAGGAACUCACUUAUGAUCAGUUAUGGAGCGGAGAAGCGCAUUUAGCUUCAACAAUUAAUUCAAGAGACUUGGAACGUUUUCAGCAGAGGUUGAAACUGGAGGAAGAUAAAGAAAAAGGGAAGUUGCCAAUUUUCGAUUCCGAAACUGAGAAACUCUAUCAAGUGUUUCUUUUCGAGAAGCAAAAAUACCGUCUUAUGUCUUCGGAAGCUGUCCAAUCUCAUAAUCUCCUCAACAGUUUCCUUCCAACAAUGCUCAACAAAACAUCUAUUGAACCAGUGCAAAAAAGUUCGAAAGAAUUAUCAAUUGAGAAAUCUGUGAAGGAAAUGUUUGAAAAACAUUCGCAGAAAGAGAUAGAAGCUAUGCCACAAAUGUUUGCAAAGUUCGAUAAGAACAGUGUUAAGAAAAGAAAAUCGGACGCAAGAGAGUUUAAUUCCAGCCCAAUUUCUUUUGUUCCACCGACUGCUAAACGUAUCCAACAGAAGACAAAAGAUGAAGAAGAUGUUCCAGAAGGUAUCGAUACGGAAAAACUCGAAAGUGUAAACGAAGAAAAUCUGAAUAGAAUGAUUGCCACUCCAGCUCGUUAUUACAAGCGUCCGGUUGAAACAGUGAAUUACACAUCACCGUCCGAUACUCAAAAGAUGCCAUUCGUACCACAACAAAAUAGCAUUUUGAAGACGGCAAAGACUGUGCAGUCACCAAGCCGUGGGCGAAUCAGAUUCGAUGCCAGCGUGAGAAAGGGAGCGAAUGAAAGUAUCGAUUCAAUUGUAGCAGAGGAGAACGAAAUGGAGAACGCACCAAAGAAGAUCAACUUUGCUAUUUUGGAAGAUGCUGAAGAAGAGGAGACGCGUAUUGUAAGAAAGUCUAGAAGUAAUUCGGCAGCUCAAGAGACGGAGAAAGUAGCUGAAGUUCAGUUUGAAGUGUUGGAGGAACACCAAGAUGUGACUUUUGAACUUCAAGAUGACGAAGAUAAUCAAAUGAGUUUGAAUAAUGGGGAAACAUUCGAGUCUAUCAGUGCAGCAGAAAAUUUGCAAACUCUUUCGGAAGUUAAUGAUCCAGAGAAGAUUCCUGAAGUUCCUCUGCAAAACGGUACAGUUGAAGUGGUUGAACAAGAGUACGAGGAACAUUUAUGGGAUGGAGUUCAUCGCAGUUUCGAAGCCCAGAAUGAGGACGAUUGUGGAUCAUAUCGGGUUAAAAAGCUGAAAAACGUCACCAAUGAAGCUGAGAUUCAAAUAGAAGCAGAAAACGAUCCAGCUGUAGAUGUUCCGUUGGAUCGAACAUUCGAAGCUCAGGAAGAAGAGGAAACGGGACCGCUCGGUGACACUGGUGGCGCGGAAGCUUCAUAUAAACCUGUAUACAUUUAUACUGUAAAACCCGCAGCGCCAUCACAGACGCCAAUGACAGAAGAGGACAGGCCACCAUCUGCUAACACACGCUCUCGGAAAAAAGAAACGAAUUCUCGUUCGGCGACACCUGUGGAAAACGAAAAUGAGGCGGAAAAGAAAAAAGUACGAAAGCCAUUUGCUGCGUCAGUCAAGACGACUUCGGAAACACGGGAUUCCAAGAAAACCGACGAGGAAUCCAUUCCAAAAAAGAAGAUGGUCAAAAAAUCUCGAAACCGUUUGGAAUCGACGAUAAUGAGCGAAGAUGAGAGACAUGAAGACGAAAUUGUCGUUGUGGUGGCUCGUAAAACACGAGGUGUUGCCGUUCAACAAUCUUCCACACCCGAUGAGAUCGUGGACAAUCAGCUUCCUUCCUCCAGUAGAACACGCGUUGGUUCUGAGAAACGGAAUCGAAUUGCAGUGAAAAGGGAAGAAAAGAAACCAGUGCCAACUCCUCGAACAAGAUCUUCAUCUGCGAGUAGAUCUACUCAAACUGAACUAAAUGUCGAUAGUAGCAAAGACGACGUGGAGUCGUCUACUCCAGUCAUUACUGGACGUAUCACCCGAUCCAGAGCCAACUCACGCUGUCAAACUCCAUCGAGAAAGGAAGAAGUGGACAAACAAGUAUCACCAACCAGGAAAGACGAAUCGUCAGUUGCAAACCCCAAAAUCCGUGCUGCAUCUGUUGUGCCAAAAAAUACUCCAGCUGCUGUAUCCUCCAAAAAGACGACACGAGUGUCCGUGUCUGCACCAUCAACUCCACGACGCGGAAGAUCAGCGACAAUGUCAGAAUCGGAAGAUCCGGUUGCGACUAAUAGAGGAUCGACGAAACGUCGAAACCCAACACCAGAUGAUACUCCACGUGAAGAUGUUGUCAAAAAAACGCGUGGUUGUGCACGAACACCACUAUUGAAAGUGAUACCUGAAAGUACGGGAGAUGAGCAAGAUAAACCAACAGAUACACCAAAACGAGGUCGCUCACGUACCAACAGUGUUUCGUCUUCUGCUACCACGUCCCGUUCAGUGCCUACAACUCCGAAACGAGGAAGAAAAGCAGCAUCUGUAGCACCAACUCUUGAAGAGGUUGUCGAGGAGCAUGAACCAGUAACUCCAACUCGACGAUCGGCACGUCGUCUCCAACAGAAGCCGUGA